GCAUGGAAGCUUUAGAAACCAGCAUCAAUUUUUGGGAGGACGCACUUGCCGCAUACAGAUCAGCAGGCGGAGGAGGACCAUUGGCAGUUCUCGGCCCAGAGGAAGCGAGCUUUUGCAAGGACCUUCAGCAGCUCCUGGAUCUUGCUAUAGAAUUGCAAGAACACUCGGAAAUGUUAUUUUUAGAUGAGAGAUCCGUUCUUUUCCGACCUGGUAGCAGAGAUAAACAUGGAUCAGAUAACGGUUUAGAUACAGAUCUCUCGGGUGCUGAAAGUUUUGCCUCAGCUCAAGAUCAAGUUGCAGAUUUGAGAGAAUUUGAAGAAUUUUCCGAUCUUUUCCCCGAUGUCGAACUGUUACCCUUAUACCAGCAAGCCUUGAAGCAAUUAGAAAACGGAGGAAUACCUUGCAGAACAUUACGCACGGAAUUAGUUAAGUGUGGUUCUGAUGGAGAGUACCUGGCGAAAUUGCAUUGCUUGCGUUUAGCAUUUCAGCACAUGCUCCAAGAUCAUGUAAAUUACAUAUGGUUCGCCGAUGCUGGUCGUCAGAUUCUUGCCGAUCUGCUGUUGUAUGCCGAUAAAGAUCCCAAGGACUUUUUAAUUGGUUAUGAAGAUAUGAUGCGAUAUCUUCAAGAUAAUUCGAAUUGGCGUGAAAUUGAGGAGGAACUAAGCUUGAAAGGGGUCAAGGCGUUAACGUUCUAUGACGUUGUCAUGGACUACAUUUUGAUGGAUGCUUUUGAAGAUCUAGAAUCACCCCCAUCGUCGGUAACAGCCGUUGUACAGAAUAGAUGGCUGUCGAAUGGUUUCAAAGAAACUGCUUUAACUACAGCGGUAUGGUCCGUUUUAAAGGCGAAAAGGAAAAUGCUUAAAUUUCCGUACGGAUUUAUGGCUCAUUUCUACACGAUAUCCGAACAACUUUCGCCAUUGAUGGCAUGGGGAUUUUUAGGGCCGGACGAGUCUCUUAAAGAGACCUGCACAUUUUUCAAGGAACAAGUAAUGGGAUUUUUAGCAGAUAUUUUUAAUUUUCAAAAGUGUAAAUUUACCACGGUGGAUGUUUUAGCGGCUGAUGUUUUAGUUAAUUUAAAAGUUCGUGUAGAAAAUAUUUGUCAAAGGCUAGCAGCGCAAGCUUAGCAGUCAAUCAUAGUAAUUAGGUGUAAUUUUAAACAACUCUCUUUCUUCAUCUCUCUGAAAUCAAUCGAGACUUUUAUACAGUGAUUUAUGCGCGUCGAAAAACAUUCCUUACAAGUGUAUUUAUAUAAGGAACAAUAAGCAAUAUGCAUAUUUAAGCUCAAACUUUAAUUCUGUUUGCACUUAUUAA